CCCGUUUUGUUUUGGUAGUACUACGCUGUGUAAAGCUCGUAUGGAAUUUUCGGGUUCAAGUCAGGUUAAAGUGCGCGAUAAACAACAGGCAGCGGGUACAAGCGAAACAGGCUUUGCCAGGUAUUUGUGUUUAGCUCUCCAAUGACACUUUAUAUCUUUCUGCAGAAGCACUAUUCAAAAGUGGCAAAGCAGGUUUGUGAAUCAUGAACCUGCUAUGAAUGACUCAGGAGAACAUUUGGGGCUUCGUUCGGUGCUGUCCGGGGCUCUUUCAGCCUCCUGGAGGAUUGGAUAGGACACCAAAAGAGUAUUGUUGCCAUUCCUGACUUCCUCAUCGCCCUGACUGGUGCUGUACCUGGAGGGGAAGACGACAUGGCCAGUCCACAGCAGACUGACCUGACAUUUGCGUGGGAGAAGUACAUGGAUUGUAGACUGCAAGGAGCGGAUCUGCAGGUCAGCCUUCAGUGUCUGGAAAACUUCCUCUGCCUCUUCCACUAUGUGCAGCAUCACCCUAACAAUGGCAAAGAUGCACUGAAAUUCUGCUCAGACAUGAGUGGGGCCAGUAACACACUGGCGAGAGAGUUCCUGACUGAUGUGCAUCAGCUAUGCAGCGCGGUGGCUCAGAGAGCGGAGGCACGGGAGGAAGAUGAAGAGGAGAGUCACAUGGUGGCACUGGGAGAGUACCUGGUGAGGGGGCGGGGCUUCCUGUUGCUCAGCACCCUGGACUCCAUCAUUGACCAGGAAUUGACCUGCCGGGAGGAGCUGCUCACUUUGCUGCUGUCUCUGCUACCGCUGGUCUGGAAGAUCCCUGUGCUGGAGGAAAAAGCCCCAGAUUUCACCCUGCCGUCCUUACUGGAGGUAUUCCUUAGCCUGGAGGUGAAGGCCCCCCCUCUCAGAGCAGGACAGAAGGCUGCGACAGAUGAACAGAACUCUGGAAAGAGGUCCCGUGUUGGCAGUGGCACCUGGAAGUCACGGAGGUCACGCAGGACCGCGCAGAGAUACUCUGUGAAAGAUGCUCGGAAGUCCCAGGUAUCUACCUCAGAUUCGGAAGCCAACCCUGAAGACAAAGCUGUCCCGGGCCCCGGUGGUGCGAGGAGCCGAAGGUCACAUGGCUCCACCAUCCGGGUAAGCUGUCAGCAUCAUCGUUCAGAGUUGACAUCCGCCGCCACCACCACCACCACCACCACCACCAUCACAGAAAUCAUGAGCACACCAUACCCACACCCCCGAGCCCCGGGGUCCCAGAUGGCAGACACUGAAACCCUGACCGACCCGGCAGCAAUAUCAAUUUUCAACCGCAUGGAAAACUCGCCCUUUGACCUCUGCCAUGUGUUGCUCUCCCUGCUGGAGAAGGUCUGUAAAUUUGACAUGAGCAUCAACAACAACCCAGGCCUGGCAGUCAGCGUUGUACCUACUCUCACUGAGAUCCUGACUGAGUUUGGAGAAUGCUGCGGUCCAGGGGGAGGGGGUGGAGGUGGGACGGGGGCAGAGGAGCUCGCUGGAGGAUGGACAGAAGAGCCCAUUGCACUGGUCCAGAGGAUGCUUCUACGCACCAUCCUGCACUUGAUGUCAGUGGAUGUGAGUCAGAGUGAAACCCUUCCUGACAGCCUGAGACGCAGCCUGACAGAUCUGCUGAGAGCCACCCUUAAAAUCCGGAGCUGCUUGGACCGACAGAAUGACCCUUUUGCUCCUCGCCCAAAGAAGACCCUGCAGGAGGUCCAGGAAGACUUUUCGUUCUCCCGCUAUCGCCACAGGGCGCUGCUGCUGCCGGAGCUUCUAGAGGGAGUACUACAAGUGUUGCUGGGUUGCCUGCAGGCUUCCACACCUAACCCCUUUUUCUUCAGCCAGGCCCUGGAGCUCAUCCAUGAGUUUGUCCAGCACCGCGGUCUGGAGCUGUUUGAGGCAACAGUGCUGCGGCUUGAAGGACUAGGGAGGGCGAGGGAUUCGGAAAUAGGAGGUGAGGCUUCAGAGAGGCUACGAGGUCUCAUUGCAGGCGUCUUCAAGAUCAUCAGUGCUGUCAAAAAGGCAAAGUCAGAGCAGUUGCAUCAGUCCGUGUGUGCCAGACGCCGCCACCGCCGCUGUGAAUAUUCCCAUUUCCUGCAUCACCACAGAGACCUGUCAGGUUUGCCCGUCUCGGCCUUCAAGCAGGCCGCUAGACGAAAUCCCUUCGAGGAGGAUGGAGAAGGCAAAGAAGGGAUGGACGGUGAUGCGGUGCGUUACCCUGAGCGUUGUUGCUGCCUAGCUGCCUGUUCUCACCAAUGUCUGCGGCUCCUGCAGCGACUGUCUCCCAGUGGGCCAGCUGUGCUGCAGGUGCUGGCCGGGGUGCAGGCCGUUGGGAUCUGCUGUUGUAUGGACCCUUGCUCAGUGGUAGGACCUAUGCUGCAUGCCUUUCAAGCUCCAGGUCUGCGUAGUUACCAGUCUCAUGUGCUCAGCGUCCUGGGACGACUGAUCCUAGACCAGCUUGGUGGGGGGCAACCCUCAGAGAGAGCCAAGCUGGCCUCCUGUAACAUCUGCACGCUGGACAGCAGCCAGCUGCCGGGCCUGGAGGAGACCCUGCAGCACGGGGAACCUUCGGCCCUUUCUACCAGCCUGUGCUACCGAUCCAAGGGGAUUCUGCCGAGUGGAGGAGGGGCGGAGGACAUGCUGUGGAAGUGGGAUGCUCUGGAGGCCUAUCAAGCGCUUGUGUUUGGUGAGGACUGGCAGCUGAGUCAGCAGAUAGCUGGCCAUGUUUGCCACCUGACCCUACGGGGUAAUGCUGUAGUGCAGUGGCAGCUCUACACACACAUCUUCAACCCUGUGCUGCAGAGAGGGGUCGAGCUGGCCCACCAUGCCCAGCAGCUGGGGGUCUCCACUGUCUGCAGUCAGGUCUGCACCUAUCACACGCAGUGCCUGCCUGUGGAGGUCCUACUCAUCUACCUGCAAACCUUACCUGCCCUUCUCAAAUCAAGGGUAAUCAGAGACCUUUUCCUCAGUUGUAACGGGCUCAACCAGGUGACGGAGCUCGUCCACCUCGACCAGACGCGCUCUUUGGCCUUAAAGGUGUUUGAGACUCUGAUAAUAGGCGUUGGACACCAGCAGGCUGACGGGGUGCUCCAGGCGCUGGAGAGUGCCGAUGCUGAAGAAAGGGAGGCCGUCCUCGGCUUGGCUGAGGAGAUGGGGUCCCGAGGUGCUGGGGAGGGCCCGCAGAGCCUCAGCAAGUUCUACGAAGGUCUAAAGGAGGCGUAUCCGCGCCAUAAGAGCCGGAACGGGCAGGGCUGUGUGCCGGGGCGCAGCCGGGCAGAGACCCACCUCCAUGUCAUUAACCUCUUCUUGUGCGUGGCCUUCCUCUGUGUCAGCAAAGAGGCCGAUUCUGACCGGGACUCAGCCAACGACUCCGAGGACACUUCCGGUUAUGACAGCACAGCCAGCGAGCCUCUGGGCGGGCGACUGCCCUACCUUUCCCCAGACAGCGUGGCUCUGCCCUCCAAAGAGCAGGUGCGAUGCGCUGCGGAUGUUUGGUCAGUGUGUCGGUGGAUCUACAUGGCCAACCCCUUGUUCCAGAGGCAGUUCUUCAGGCUUGGAGGACUGGACGUCUGCUUGCGCCUCAUGGCCAUGGUUAUUCAGAAACUUUCCUGCAAGACCAAGGAUGGGAAGGCAAAGAAGAAGAGGGAUGGUAAGAGCAAAGGCAGCCCUGAGUCCACAGCUACCUCACUGGGCCCGGAGGAGACUACUCACGAUGCAGCCGACGCCCUCUGCACUGCUCCAUCUGAGGGGAAGAGCAAGGAUCCAGCAAAGAGGCUGGAGGAGGAGUGGCAACUACAAAGCAUUCGUCUCCUUGAGGCCUUGCUGGCUAUUUGUCUGCACAGUGCCAACUCUGCCCUGCAGAGGAUAGAGCCAGAGCUUUCUCAUCAGCUCCAGUCGGUGGAAGAAACCCUGUUUGAGGUGAGAGACCAGCUCUCCCGCUCAGGGGUGGUUAACUCCGACCUUGCUGUCCCGCUGUUAGACUCUCUCCUGAGAGUGGCACUGGCAGAGGUGCCAUCCUGUCCUGAUCCCCCUGAGGAGAAGACAGACAGGAAGCUACAGGUGUCAGCGGAGGGGGUGGCCCCAGCAGGCGAUCUCUCAGAGGAGGUGGACGAGGUGCAGAGCUGUGGCGUCAAGCCCCCGGGGGAGGAGGAGGGCUACGACGCUGACAGCGAAAGCAACCCUGAGGACAUGGCCAAGCAGGAAGAGGGAUUAAGGGUGGAAUCUGCUGUGCUGCGGGAGUUUGUUGCGGUGGCGGACGGGCCCAGACGUGGCAUCCUGCUGUUCCCUGAGAUCUGCACGAUGGAGCUGAAGCUUCUCGCCACCGGCAACCCAGAUUUGGAGGUCCUGAGUCACGUGUUUCACAGUCUGCUGGGAGCAGUACAAGCAAACCACCGCAAUGCUGCCCUGCUCUACGACCAGGGAGGAGUCAAGACCAUCCUGUCUGGCUUUCACAACAUACUCAGCCAAACAGACCCCUCCUUUACAGAUUGCCAGACUGUGCUAGUGGAGCUGCUGGUUGCCAUGGUGAGCCAGCGAAUCACAGCGGAGGAACUGGCUCUGUUGAUUCGCCUCUUCCUGGAGAAGACCCCACCCACUGAGAUUUUACUGAAAGGCAUCCUACAAAUCGUUGAAGCCAAUGUGAGUAUAGAGCCUCUUCACUUCCUGACUUUCCCAAUCAUCCUUGGGGCAUCGUCCCCAGGAGGGCUGUCGGCUAGCUCUAGACAGAACGGGUCUGCCGGAGGGAAGAGUGUUGGUUUGCUCUGGAAGGGUAAACUAUCUCCCGGGCGCAGAGAGGGGGAUACCGAGUACGGACCGAGCCACCUUCGUUCCUCUCCCUGGCACGUUUCUCCUCUCCACCUUCCCCUGGUCGGGCAGAACUGCUGGCCCCACAUGGCGAGCGGCUUCAGUGCCUCAAUGUGGCUCAGAGUGGCAGAGCAGGAGGAGAAGGAUGGCGACAAAGAUAAGGAGGAGAGUAACCCUCCGGCAGCUGAGUCCCACCUUGGCUCCUCUCAGACUGGGAAAACGUUAAUAGAGGAAAGUCUCAUUCAUAUUCUGUCCAUGGGCUCAAAGGCACUGAUGCUUCAAGUCUGGGCAGACUUCACUACGGGCUCUCUCACAUUCAGGAUCUGCAUAGAUCCAAACGAUGAGAUAAAAGCAGGGCUUCUGGCUCAGGCAGAGUCUGGCAAGGAACUGUUCAGAGCGGGCCAAUGGCAGCACCUCGCCCUCACCUAUACACAGCAGCCAGAGGGCAAGAAAAACAUCCACGGCCGUGUGGUGGUGUGGGUGUGUGGCAUCAGGAAAUGUGAGGUUUCUUUGGACUACACCAUACCAAGAAAGUCAAGUUUAUCAUCAGACAGCAACAAAACCUUCUGCAUGCUGGGCCACUGUGCGCCGUCCUCUGAGGAUCUGUUAAAACAGGGUGGAUGCUGGAGCAUGGGCACUGUGCUCCUCUUCAAUGGAUCUAGAAUCGGAUCUGAGGAGGCCCUCUACCUGUUCACCAGCGGGCCUGACCUCACCUCUAUCAUGCCCUGCAAAUAUGGCAAGCCCAGUGGGUCAAUCUCCAAGUUUGUCACUCUGGAAGGCCUGAAGUGUGAGCAUGUGCGAGAGCUUCUGAUGAAGAACAAGGAUGUGGACACAACAGCCUUGGUUGAGAGUUUGGCAGUGGUGUAUGCUCCCAGCAGCCCUACAGUCUACACAAUCUAUGAGCCUGUAAUCAGGAUGAAAGGUCAGGCCAAGACGGUCGUCACCCAGCGGCCGUUCAGCUCCAAGGAGGUGCAGAGUGUUUCCCUGGAGCCCAACUCCCUCAGAGCUCUGCUCCCCACUGAGACCCACGGCCUGCAGAGCGUCCUGCACAAGAUCGGAGGAACGGGAAAUUUUGUCUUCCUCUUCGCACAGACGGUGGAGCUGAGUGACUGUGAGAAGACUCAGGCUCUGGCCCUGCAGGUGCUGCUGUCUUUGUCCAAGUUUAACCAACACCGCAUCCAUGAAAUGGACUGUUACCAUGGUUACUCUAUGAUCCACCAGGUCCUCAUCAAGUCCAAAUGCAUCGUGGGAUAUCAUAUGCUGAAAACUUUACUGGAUGGAUGUUUCAGUGCACCUGUCCUCAUCCUCGGGGACGAUGGGCAGUUCCGGUUGGACACUGAGUCCCUCGCUGUGGUGCAGGAUAUCGGGCUCCUCUCAGACAUCCUGUUGGACUGGAAGAUCUGGGCCAAGGCUGAGAUUGGGGUGUGGGAAACGCUGCUUGCUGCCUUAGAGAUCCUCAUCAGGGUGCACCACCCUCAUCAGGUCUUCAACAUCUGUCAGUUCCUCAAGGCUGAGGUUGUGCACCGCUUCCUGCUCACCUGCCAGGUGUUACAGGAGAAUCGGGAUGAGCAUCUGACUGCCAUCCCACAGGAAGUCUGUCUGUCCUUCGUCAAAAUCGUCCAGGAGGUCCUCGGGUCUCCCCCGGACAUGGACCUGCUGAAACUCAUCUACAACUUCCUGUUAGCUGUGCACCCGCCCACCAACACAUACGUCUGCCACACUCCAUCCAGCUUCUACUUCUCUCUACACAUAGAUGGGAAGCUGUACCAGGAGAAGGUGCAGUCCAUUAUGUACCAGAGACACUCCAACAGUGUAGGAAAGUCUUCCAGCAGCUCUGUGGUGUCGCUCUCCCCAAUUGUCUUCACUGAUGCACACCAUGAAGGCCACCUCCUCGGUCCUUCUCCUGAACAUGGAGGUGACGAUCAGUCGUUACGCCCACCUAGUCUAGCGCCAUCUCCGUAUUCUUCCCCUCUGCUGACACCUCGUCUUGGACAUGGUAGCUCACACGAGUCGGGUGAAGGUGACGGGGUCUCCCUUGCCACUCAGCAGGCUCUCGGCAGCACCGAGACACUUAAGAAGGGCGGAUGUGACGAGCAGCUCCUGAGCAGCUGCGAAUCAGCCAAGACAAUCUGUGAGUCCAAGGACAUAGGUGAGGGAGGAGCCCUGCGCACUCCUUCCAUCAGCGUGGAGGACGAGGCGGCAGAAGUGGACAGCCUAGCAGAGGGCAGCGUUGGGAUGGCAGAGUCUGAGGACAGGUUCGACUGGGCCAGUGACGAUGCGCCGCGCCGCCCUGACAGCCUGAAGGGCAUUCAAUCCUUUCAGAGGAGCCACAGCAAUCUGGCCAGUCUGGGCCUGGCUUUCCCAGCUCCAAACGGCUCGCUGGCCAUCGCCCGCUGGCCUAACUCAGCUGACCGAGGCUCCAUGCCUGAAGACUGGGAGAGCUACACUUACUCUCCCGGGUACGAGAGGGCGCAGAGCAAGACCGAGUCCAAUGACAGGUCCAGCACUGAGGACUGCCUGGUGCUGAUCUGCUGUGGCCUCUAUGAUCUUCUGAGGGGCAUCUUGCUGCUGCUGCCUGACCUCAUGCUGGAGGAGGUGAUGGACAAGCUCAUCCAGCCAGAGGCCCUCAUUGUCCUGGUCAACCACUCGUCGCCUCUCAUCCAACAGGGUGUCAUGAAGCUGAUGGAUGCAUAUUUCAGCAGAGCUUCCAAAGAGCAGAAGGAGAAAUUUCUGAAGAACCACGGCUUCUCACUGCUGGCCAACCAGCUGUACAUCCACCAGGGCAGCCAGGGGCUGCUCGAAUGCUUCCUGGAGAUGCUGUUCGGACGGCCAGUGGGCCUGGAGGAAGAUCUGGACCUGGAGGAAAUGGAAAAUAUCUCCCCCUUCAGAAAGCGCAGUAUCAUCCCAGUGCUGGGUCUUAUUGAGAACUCCCUGUAUGAGAACUCCUUGGUGCACAACAUCCUUUGUAUGCUGCUGCAGCUCCUCAACGCCUGCCCCAAGCUGGCAGACAUCCUGCUAGACCACGGAUUGCUCUACGUGCUCUUCAACACCCUGUCUACCCUCAAUGGCAUGGAGAAUGGUAUUCCCCUGAAUGACUACAAGCUCCUGGUGUGUGACAUCCAGCAGCUGUUGGUAGCUGUGACGAUCCACUCCUGCAGCUCUUCAGGGUCCCAAUACUUUCGCAUCAUUGAAGACCUCAUUACCUUGCUGGGUUUCAUGCAGACCAGCAAGAUGCGUCGCACGCAGGAGAUGGCUGUUGCUUUGCAGUUCCGCGUCCUUCAGUCAGCGAUCGAGUUCAUAAAGACGACGGCCAAUCAGGAACCUCAGAAGCUGAGCAGCUCUGUUACUACGCCGAGCUCUCCACAUCAUGCCAUCUAUCAGAAGCGCAAGAGCAUCGCCGGCCGGCGUCGGUUCUCUCUGGCCCAGACUGAUUCCCUCCUGAUGCGGAUGCGCUCUGUAGCCAGCGAUGAGCUCAACCAGAUGAUGCAAAGGAGGAUGAGCCAGGAAAACCCCAUCCGUGCCAGUGAGACUGAGUUCGUCCAACGGCUGCAGAGGCUUGUGGUUCUUGCCGUCAACAGACUCAUUUACCAUGAUGUGAGUGAGGACUUAUUUGACCUGCUGAAUAUUCCAGACUGCACAGACCAACCGUUUUUAACGCCAGAUCUAGGUGACCAACCGCAGGACGAGGGCGGCUUCGCUUCCGUCCCACAUUCUCCCACACCCUUCCCCCUGCCGCCUGCCAGCAAAAAGAGCUUUCAGAAAGACAUUCUCAAACUCAUGAUGGACGGCAUCAAAAUCAGCCUGGGCAGCACGGGUCGAGGAGGAACCCCACAUCAGCAGUGGCGAAGAAUCCUAUGGUCGUGUCGGGACACUUUUCGGGUCCAGAUCGGCCGCCUUCUUGUGCACACCCUCAGCCCCACGCUACCUCUGUGUGACAGGAAGGAGUCGCUGGACUUUGUGCUUGACUCUAGACAUCUGGAUAUCCUCAAGGAGAGCCUCAGCCCAGGUUUAGAGCAUGGACCAAAGUUGUCACUGUACCUGUAUGAGAUGCUGCAUGAUCACAAGGACAGCCUCACCAAAGACGAUCAGAAUGCCGUGGGUGUAUUCAUGACCUCGCUCAAGCUUUGUGGCCAUCGCUGCAUCCCACCUAACUCUCCACACAAACAGGACCUGCUCAAAGCCAUAAAAGAGGAAAAAUUAAAGUAUGAAGCAGAAGAGAAAACCAGCAAAGUGGCAUGGGAAAAGAAAAUGGCCAACACUCAGAGGAAUCUUAUCCAGAGGCUUGAUGGAAAGUCCAAGGACAUUUCAAAGAUUGCAGCUGACAUCACACAGAAUGUGUCUCUGCGACAAGGCAUGGAGAGAAAGAAAGUCAUCCUGCACAUCAGGGGACUCUAUAAGACUGACCUGAGCGCCAGCAGACACUGGCAGGAGCUGGUGCAACAACUCACGCAUGACCGUGCGGUUUGGUACGACCCGACAUCCUACCCAACGUCCUGGCAGCUGGACCCCACAGAGGGGCCGAACCGGGAGCGGCGGCGGCUACAAAGAUGCUACCUCACCAUCCCUAACAAAUACCUGCUCAAAGACAGACGUAAGGCCGAAGACACAAUGAAGCCACCAUUAUCCUUCCUGUUUGAGGACAAGACCCACUCGUCCUUCUCCUCCACCGUCAAAGACAAAGCCACCAGCGAGCCCAUCAGGUUCACUAGACGGUGCAUCAGCGUCGCCCCCUCCAGAGAGACAGCAGGGGAGCUGCUGCUGGGAAAGUCUGGGAUGUACUUUGUGGAGGACAAUGCUGCAGACGCCCAUGACAACCAGAGUCUUCAUGGUGAGACGGAGGCACCUUCCUUCUCUUGGACGUACGAGGAGAUUAAGGAGGUGCACAAGCGCUGGUGGCAGCUCAGAGACAACGCUGUGGAGAUAUUCCUCACCAAUGGCAGGACCCUGCUGUUAGCCUUUGACAACACCAAGUUCCGUGACGACGUCUACCACAACAUCCUGACCUCUGACCUGCCCAACCUGCUGGAGCACGGAAACAUAUCGGCACUCACUCAGCUGUGGGGAUCGGGUCAGAUCUCAAACUUUGAGUACCUCACACACCUCAACAAGCAUGCAGGACGCUCCUUUAACGACCUCAUGCAGUACCCCGUGUUCCCCUUCAUCCUGCGGGACUACACCAGUGAGACCAUCGACCUGCAGGACCCCAACAUCUACAGGAAUUUGGUGAAACCCAUCGCGGUCCAGUCAAAAGAGAAAGAAGACCGCUACGUGGAUAAUUACAGGUAUCUUGAGGAGGAGUACAAGAAGGGCAUCCGUGAGGACGACCCCAUGCCUCCUGUCCAGCCUUAUCACUACGGCUCGCACUACUCCAACAGCGGCACUGUGCUGCACUUCCUGGUUCGAAUGCCUCCUUUCACCAAGAUGUUCCUCGCAUACCAAGACCAGAGCUUUGAUAUCCCGGACCGGACGUUUCACUCCAUGAACACCACGUGGCGCCUGUCCUCCUACGAGUCCAUGACUGACGUGAAAGAGCUCAUCCCAGAGUUUUUCUACCUCCCAGAAUUCCUAGUCAACAGAGAGGGUUUUGAUUUUGGCGUUCGUCAAAAUGGUGAACGGGUGAACCAUGUGAAUUUGCCGCCCUGGGCUCGCAACGACCCCCGUCUGUUCAUCCUGAUCCACCGACAGGCGCUGGAGUCAGACCAAGUGUCCCAGACACUGUGCCAGUGGAUCGACCUGGUGUUUGGGCUCAAGCAGAAAGGCAAAGCAUCCGUCCAUGCCAUCAACGUCUUCCACCCAGCAACAUAUUUUGGCAUGGAUGUUUCGGCAGUAGAAGACCCAGUGCAGCGCCGGGCCCUGGAGACAAUGAUCAAGACUUAUGGACAGACACCCAGGCAGCUCUUCAACGCCUGUCAUAUCAGCAGGGCCAGCCCCAAACUCUUGAUGGAGGGGGAGCUGCCAGCAGCCAUGGGUCUCCUGGUUCAGCUGGCGUUCAGAGAAACUCGAGAACAGGCCAAGGAAAUAGUCUGCCCGAGCCCGCUGCCAUGGAUCAAGGGUUUGAAGUGGGGAGAGUACGUGGGCUCGCCCUCAGCUCCGGACCCGGUGGUGUGUUUCAGCCAGCCGCACGGGGAGAGGUUCGGAUCCCUGCUGGCUCUGCCGACGCGAGCCAUCUGCGGCCUGUCCCGCAAGUUCUGCCUCAUGAUGAUCUACAGCAAGGAGCAGGGUGUUCGGAGCAUGCACAGCACAGACAUCCAGUGGUCGGCCAUCUUGAGCUGGGGCUAUGCUGACAACAUUUUGAGGCUGAAGAGCAAGCAGAGCGAGCCGCCUAUAAACUUCAUUCAGUGUUCACAACUUCACAAGGUGACCAGCUGCGCCUGGGUGCCUGAUGGCUGCCAGCUAUUUACAGGCAGCAAGUGUGGAGUCAUCACCGCCUACAGCAACCGCUUCACCAGCACCACGCCGUCAGAGAUGGAAGUGGAGUCUCAGGUUCACCUGUACGGACACACAGGGGAGGUCACCAGCCUGUUUGUCUGCAAACCCUACAGCAUCCUCAUCAGUGUCAGCAGAGACGGCACCUGCAUCCUCUGGGACCUCAACAGGCUCUGCUACGUACAAAGCCUCACAGGCCACAAGAGCCCAGUGACUGCGGUGUCGGCCAGCGAAACCACGGGUGACAUCGCAACAGUGUGUGACUCAGUGGGCGGAGGCAGCGACCUGCGUCUGUGGACGGUGAACGGAGACCUCAUCGGUCACGUCCACUGCAGAGAGAUCAUCUGCUCUGUGGCCUUCUCCAACCAGCCGGAGGGCGUGUCUGUCAACGUCAUCGCCGGUGGGCUGGAGAAUGGCGUCGUCAGGUUGUGGAGCACCUGGGAUUUGAAACCAGUGAGAGAGAUCACCUUUUCCAAGUCGAGCAAACCUAUCAUCAGCCUGACGUACUCGUGCGACGGCCACCACCUCUACACCGCCAACAGCGAGGGCACGGUGAUGGCGUGGUGUCGGCGGGACCAACAGCGCAUGAAGCUGCCCAUGUUCUACUCCUUCCUGAGCAGCUACGCCGCAGGCUGACUUUUUGUCUGACAUUUACUACUGUCCAGAUCUCAGCAAGAGGAGCCCCCCCCUCUUCUUCCUCUUCCUCCUCCUCUGUGCAAUGACAAGGAGGAGGAUGUGUCAGCAUGGCCUCCCUGAACCCACCCUGACUAAACUAAAGCCAUCCCCCUGCUGAGCAAACUCUACUGCAGCCGCUCCCAGCAUCAAGAAAUUAUUAAGAAAAUAGUAUUACAUGUAUAUAAAUAUAUAUUUAUAAACAUACUGAAGUGGAAAGUUGGGGAUGAAUCUUUGGCUGCGACAGACACUUUAUAUGAAGCAUUUCUGAGAGUGUGAUUGGUUUGUUACAUCUUUUUUUUGUUUGUUUCUUGCUGUUGAGUGUUUUUUGUUGUGCGGCGUUCCUUGCCUGCUUUUGAUUUUGUUGUUUCCCUGGUAAGCUGCUAUCGUCUGGCCAAAGCCGGACCCAAUGUGUGAAGACCCCAGUCUCUCACCUCGGCGGUGUCAAAUCUCCCGCAGCGCGUCGUCUAACAGAUUGUUGCCGGAGCUCGGUGAGCAUGUACUGCUGAUGCUGCAGCAGCAAGGAAGGAGGAGGCCCCUCCCUGGUUCUGUCACCGGGAGACGUCCUGCUCUGUGGGGGUGAGAUGCCGCUCUGCUGGGCUUGUCUGCUCCACUCAAAUCUGAAGACUGGUGUCACAGCCCUGCAUCACUUUGUAUCUGAGCUCAGGGGAGAGACGGGGGGGGAAGUCGGGAUGAUUUGUUCCUUGUGUUGCCUGUUGUUCUGUCCUUCUUUUGCAUGCUAGAAUGAUGCUUACCUGUUAUGUUUGCGGAUGUGACAUUUACUGUCAUGAUACUCCUGUAUGAAGGCCUGCCUUGGUUGUCCAGUUGCAUUGAGAAAUGUUGAUAUUCAUUUAUUUAUUAGAAGCACCUCAGAGGCUCAUCUACCCUUCUUUCCUUUUCUUGUGUUUUGAUGGCUCAAAAAGCUGCUUUAAAUGCACUAAAACCUUUUCAAAACGUAAUAUAGUUUGCUAAAACCCUGAAUAAGCCAAUUACCAAACAGCAUUAGACGACUGAAACUGGAGAAGAAUUAGUGUCCUGAGUGCAAACCUCGCUGAUCUCUGGGGCGUGCUUAGUACCUGUGCAGCGGUAUAAAACAGGUGUAGUGUGUGGGAUGUUUUGGUUCAAAAGCAUCACGUCCAGCAGACUGAGGUUAGAGCAGUUAGCAUUUCCUGCACUGAUGAGGUUUACAGCUUAUUUUACAAUACACUACACUGAACCAAUCGACCAAACAUUUCUUUCCUUAAGCUCCAUGCAGCUAUUUUUUACAUUCCCACUUUACCUACGGCACUUUCCGUUUGUCUUUUAGUAGUGAAAUGGUAGUCAAAGCACUUUUUUACUAGCUACCAUUUAAUUCAAGGAAAGCCAAUAAUCUGUGAAUUUAACAUGAUCUGAGUUUUGAUUUAAUUCCACUAAUCCAGAAAGCAAUAUCAAACAUGCAAUAGGUUUUUCGUCAUAAGGAGUCUGUUCUAACACAGCUGUGAAAAAAAAGUUAUUUUGCCUUUGUGCCGACCGCAGUGAGCCUUGUGUGUUGGAAAAUGAUGUCUUAACUUUCACACUUGGUGUUUGACUUGUUUACGAGAAAGGGAAUAUUUCUUCUUAUAUCAUGAUGUCAUUCCUUUUGUGUUGUUUUCCUGAUUUUUGUUUCUCCUUCUCAGCCCUCCUGGACCCUUUGUUGUGUGCAGCAUCACGUCUGUGCAAGAGAUGCAGUUACUGUGUUUGUUUACUGUGUUUCAUGUUUGCAAAUGUAUAAAAGAACCACAACUUUUUAUUUUCUUUAAAAAAUCCACAUGUAUCAUUGCAUGAAUGUGCCCCCCUCCCCCUUUGUGAUGGCAAAAAGACAAAAGAAAGAUGUGAAAGUGGACGAUGUUUUUGUGCUUUCUGACAGAAGGAAAUGUUGUUGUUUUUUCUGUUGAUAAAUUAAGCUAUGCAUAAUUUAAGAUUGUUGUCUUGAGUUUCUGAAAGGAUGUCCUUUCUUUGACCUGGGCUGGUUUUGCAGUUUGGCAUCAUGAACUGAAAAUCUGAAUGAAUAUGUAUUGUGUUUGUUUUUUGUUUGUACAUAUAUGCGUGUGUACGUAUGGACAAACCAAGUGAUGAGUAUAUUAUAAAUAUAUAAAUAUUUAAAGAAA